AUGGGACAAGCUCUGGGUAUCAAGAGCUGUGACUUACAAGCAGCAGAAAACAAUGAGGAGCACCACACCAAAGGCAUCAGCUCCCGACACCUUGUCUUGAGGAGGGGACAGUCCUUCACCAUUACCCUGACCUUCCGUUUCCCGGUCCACGAAUUUCUGACUGCCCUGAAGAGAGUGACUCUCAUGGCACAGACCGGAGAGCAGCCUUCCAAGGCCAACAAGACUCAAGCCAUAUUCCCGAUUUCCUCUCUGGGGGACCGAAAAGGAUGGAGUGCAGCAGUGGAAGAAAGAGAUGCCCAGAGCUGGACCAUCUCCGUGAGCACGCCUGUGGAUGCUGUCAUUGGCCACUACUCGCUCCUGCUUCAGGUGUCAGGCAGGAAACAAUACCCCCUGGGCCAGGUCACACUGCUCUUUAAUCCCUGGAAUAGAGAUGACGCUGUGUUUCUUCAGAAUGAGGCUCAACGCACUGAAUAUGUAUUGAACCAAAAUGGCCUUAUCUACCUGGGCACCGCUGCCUGCAUUCAGGAGGAGCCCUGGGACUUCGGUCAGUUUGAGAGAGAUGUCAUGGACCUCAGCCUGAACUUACUGAGUGUGGACAAGCAAGUGGAAAAAUGGAACCAGCCUGCACAUGUGGCCCGUGUGGUGGGCGCCUUGCUGCAUGCUCUCAUGAAGAAGAGUGUCCUGCCUAUUUCACAGACCCAGGCUGCCCAGGAAGGGACCUCACUCCACAAGCGACGGGGCAGUGUGCCUAUACUUCGGCAGUGGCUCACUGGCCAAGGACGACCUGUGUAUGAGACUCAGGCCUGGGUGUUUGCUGCUGUUGUUUGCACAGUGCUUCGCUGUCUGGGCAUCCCAGCACGUGUCGUUACCACAUUUGCUUCAGCCCAGGGUACCAAGGGGAGCCUGCUGGUGGAUGAGUACUACGAUGAGGAGGGACUCCUGAAUGGCGAAGGACAGAGGGGCCGCAUCUGGGUCUUCCAAACUUCUGUAGAAUGCUGGAUGAACAGACCUGAUUUGCCCCAGGGUUAUGACGGAUGGCAGAUUCUGCACCCAAGAGCUCCUAAUGGAGUUGGAGUCCUGGAAUCUUGCAGUCUGGUCCCAGUCAGGGCAGUCAAGGAGGGGGAACUUCAGCUGGACCCAGCAGUAUCAGACCUUUUUGCUGCAGUAAACGCCACGUGUGUGGUCUGGAAGUGCUGUGAAGAUGGGAAAUUAGAACUGACCGACUCCAACCAAAAGUAUGUUGGCAAUAGCAUCAGCACCAAGGUCGUGGGCAGUGACCGCUGUGAAGACAUCACCCAGAACUACAAAUAUCCUGAAGGAUCUCCUCAAGAAAAAGAGGUACUGGAGAAAGUCCAGAAAGGAAGAAGGAAACACAGGAAAGACAAUGCCAUAUACCCUCCGAGUUGUGAGUCUGUUGAUCCCCUGUAUCUGUUCUUGGACACACCCAGCUCCAUCCCCUUCAGAGGGAAUGGUCAUGUCUCAGUGACCCUGACUAAUCCCACGGACCAGGAGAAGGAGGUACAUCUGGUGAUUAGGGCCCAGGCUGUGUACUACAAUGGAGUCUUUGCCACUGAUCUCUGGAGGCGGAAGCAGUCCUUCGGGCUUAGAACCAACCAAGUUCUGAAAAUGUCCACUAGCCUGUCCUUAUCCGAUUUUGAGCAAGACCCACCUGAGAACAGCUUCCUCAGAGUCACAGCAAUGGCAACACACUCCCAGGUCAGCCUCAGCUGCUUUGCUCAGGAAGACAUAGCCAUCGGCAGACCUACUCUUAUCAUUGAGAUGCCAGAGAGAACAGAACAGUACCAGCCUCUCACCAUCUCAGUCCGUGUGAAGAACUCCUUAAACUGGCCCAUGCAGAACUGCAUCAUCUCCAUCUUUGGGAGGGGACUCAUUCAUAGAGAGAAGAGAUAUAGAUUGGGUUCUGUGUGGCCAGAAAGCAGCCUGUGUACUCAGUUCCAGAUCACACCAACGCAUCUGGGGCUCCAGAGACUCACUGUGGAAGUAGAUUGUGAUGACUUCCAGAACCUGACAGGCUACAGAAGUGUCCUUGUGGUGGCUCCUGAAGUUUCUGUUUAA